AUGGCCUCGCCGGUGACCACCUCGCUCCUGCCGCUGGCCCUGCUGCUCCACGCCGGCGCAGCCCUCGGGAGGAGCCCGUUCCGGAUGUCGCCGCGGGAGGUGACCGGGCAACUGGGCCAGCAGGUGGAACUGCGCUGCGAGGUGCUGCUGCCCAGCCCGGGGGUGGGCUGCUCGUGGCUCUACCAGCCGCGUGGCGCCGCCGUCAGCCCCACCUUCCUCCUGUACGUCUCCCAAACCCGGAUCAAGACGGCCGAGGGGCUGGACGGCGAGCAGUUCUCGGGCCGGCGGGUCCAGAACGACGUCUUCAGCCUCACCCUGCGCCGCUUACGCGAGGAGGACCAAGGCUACUACUUCUGCUCCGUGCUGGCCAACUCCGUGCUAUACUUCAGCCCUUUCGUGCCCGUCUUCCUGCCAGCGAAGCCCACCACCACGCCGGCGCCGCGACCACCCACGCCGGUGCCCACCACCGCGUCGCAGGCCCCUUCCCGGCGCCCAGAUGUGUGCCGGCCCGCGGCGGGCGGCCCAGUGGACACGAAGGGGUUGGACUUCGCCUGUGACAUCUACAUCUGGGCGCCCUUGGCAGGGACCUGCGCGGUCCUUCUCCUGUCACUGGUCAUCACCGUCAUAUGCAACCACAGGAACCGGAGGCGCGUUUGCAAAUGUCCCAGGCCCGUGGUGAGACCAGGAGCCAAGCCGAGCCUUUCAGAGAGAUACAUCUAA